AUGGCCAAAGAAAAAAACUACAAUCCCGUCCAGGCGCAACGCAAGGCGGACAAAGCCAAAGCAAUCAAAAAAGGAAAAUCGGAAGCGCAAGACCGACGCAACGAACGCUUGGCUCGAAAGAACCCAAAUCAAAUACAAAAGCAGAUUGACGAUCUCAAGGCCAUCACCGACGGAGGCGGCAAGCUAUCUCGACAUGAAGAACAAGUAUUCGAAGGUCUCCAAAAAGAGCUCAAGGCCGUUACAAGGGCCCGGGAGGCCCUAGGCGACAAAGCUCCCAGUUUUGGGCGAAGCGGCUUCCGGUCGGAUUCCAAUGUCCUUGGCAAACGCCCCCGAGGCUCGUUGGACGACUCCAGCGGCGAUGAAGAUGUUCCCGAAGACGUCCGCAGGAUCCCUAUGCCUCGAGAUACUCCCCCACCAAUCCCAAAGGAAGUCCUAGACGAGUGGUACAGCAAGCGACGAGCACGGCGAGCGGCCGAGCAAGCAGCGAAGAACCCCGAAGGCGAAAAACAAAAGGAAUCCGCUCCCGCUGUGGAGGCAAAAACAGUGUACGAAGCGAAGCCUGUGGUACGAAAUCUGCAAAAAGAGGCUGUUGCCGCGUUUAUUCCUGCUGCAGUGCAAAUGAAGCUGAACAAGGGCUCUGGCCAAGGCGGGCUGAUCGAACCAGAAGAAGCAGACAGACUGGAACAGGAGGGCUACAUGAAAUCGACCAACCAUGUGGAAGCACCGGACAGCAAUGCGCCGCGCAAAGUUACUAUUGAAGAUGUCGAAGAUGACGAUGAAGCUUGA